UGUAUGUCUUUGCGUCACAGUGACACAGAGAGCGUGCUCGGUGAACGGUCAUCUGACCCCUGAAGGAGCUAAGUGGGACGAGGACUGCAACACCUGUCAGUGUUUUAAUGGGAAGGUGUCGUGUACCAGGAUGUGGUGUGGUCCUAAGUCGUGCCGGGUCAGCGGUGGGGUCAAAGGUCGAGGGGGCGGGGCCGGGUGUCGGUCUGGUCAGAGCUGUGUACCAAUCAGGGAGGAGCAGUGUUUUGUCCGGCCGUGUCUGAAUCUUGGGGAGUGCCACCCCUCCUCCCCACCAACCACCAAAUGUCACCCCAGCUCCGGUUACCACGACAACAGCUGCUCCAACAUCACGUUUACGUUCACCAAAGAGACCAUGCCCAGGGGUCUGAGUAUCGAGGAAGUGUGUAAGCAGUCUGAGACAACUUGGAGUAUGGUGUCUGGAAUAUAG